AUAUGCAAUUGCAUGUUCAUGAGGCAUUCUGCACUUUCCAAAAACUGUGGCAACUUUGGGGGUGUGCCUGAGAACAACCACAAGAUCACUAGCAGAAGUGUGACCACAGACCAAACUAGGCACCAUACCUAUAGCUAUGUCCCUUUCACCAGUCCUAUCUGCAUUUUGUUUAUUAACGCAGUUCAUUAUUUAUAAUACUUCUGUUAUUAUGAACUGUGGAACUGUCUGCUUAUUAGUGUAUGGGUCUGUAUCCUUCAACCGCUGUACAAGGUAUGGAGAGAGAGAUAGAGGCUGGAAUAAGGAAAAGCAACAAAUCCAGUCACAGGGCUACUUGUUAUCUGAUGUAAGCAACUAUUAUGAAUUAUUGACUUCAAAAAUGUUUGACGCUAGUGACCGUCAUGGUAAGAAGCAGCUGUCCAGUGACCUGCCUUCAACACCAUUAGCAUACAACCAUGCACAGUGGAGGAUUUGUCAACUAGGACUUUAUCGACUUAUAAACUUUGGUACCAAGGUGGAGUAUUGCAGGCAACUGAUAGCACCACAAAACUAAACUGAAUGUAAAUGUUUAGACUUGGAAGGUACAAAACACAGCUCUUCAGUGGUAGGUUAUUUACAGAUACUGUUUCAGCUAUGAAGUUUAUUUCGUGUAUAACAGGGUAAGAUGUGUGUGUAUGUACUGUAGAGCAUCCAACAAUAUGCUGUGUUGUCUUAAAGACUGUUUUUCUUGUACAAAGUCAAAUUUCCCGUGUUUUUACCACUCGGUUGAAAUGUAGCUACGUUUCAUCCACAAGAUGGCUGUAAUGAAAACUUGACAUUAUUUAUUUGUUCACACUCCAUUUUUUUAGGUCAUCAUAGAAUUGUUUGUUGAAAGCAAUAUCUGGAGUAUUGUGAUGUAAGUAGAAAGAGUUUUGAGAAAACCUUUUCACAUAUCUGUCACACAGGAAGUUCAGAU